AUGGAUAGCGCCAGUAGUUCACCCAGGUUUAUCGUCAAUGGAAAGUAUAAAAUCAUACUUAAGAUAGGAAGUGGUUCGUAUGGAGACGUUUAUCUUGGCAUCGACAUCACAAAUAGAAAACGGGUUGCUAUAAAAUUGGAGUCAAAAAAAGCAAAGUAUCAACGACUACUCUACGAAGGUAAAUUAUAUAAAAUUCUUCAAAGUGGUGUCGGUAUACCUGAUAUACUAUGGUGUGGAGAAGAAAAUAAUUAUAAUGCUUUAGUCAUGGAUCUUCUUGGAACAAGUUUAGAAAAACUUUUUACAUUUCGUUUACGACAUUUUACUAUGAAAACUGUUUUAAUGCUAGCUGAUCAGAUGAUUGAACGAAUUGAAUAUGUUCACAAUAAGAAUUUGAUUCAUCGAGACAUUAAACCAGAGAAUUUUCUUAUGGGAAUCGGAACACAUCGCAAUAUUCUUUAUCUCAUAGACUAUGGUUUAGCAAAACCAUAUAUUCUCAAAAAACAACAUAUACCUUAUCGUGAGGAUACAGGUUUGGCUGGUACUAUCAGUUAUGUUAGCAUUAAUUCCCAUUUGCGUAUUGAACAAAGUCGUAGGGACGAUAUGGAGUCGAUAGGAUAUGUGUUAAUGUAUUUUAAUCGUGGAAGUCUACCGUGGCAAAAUGUGACAGCAGCAACGAAAAAACAAGCAUAUGAAAAAGUAAGUGAAAAAAAAAUGUCGAUACCAGUAGAAGUUCUUUGUGAGGGAUUUCCGGCCGAAUUUGCAACGUACUUGAAUUACUGUCGAGGUCUCCGCUUUGAUGAAACUCCAAAUUAUACGUACCUGAGGCAAUUAUUUAUCAAUUUAUUUCGCUCACUUAAUCUUCAAUACGACUACGUAUUCGAUUGGAAUAAGCCUAAGAAAGAACAGAAGACCGACCAGUCGGAAGUAGAAAAUUGA